AUUCAGGUUUUCGAUUUCUGAAGUGGAACUGUAGGUGUUGCCACACCUUUUUGAGAAAUAACAAGAAUCAAUCGGCUGCAAUUCAAAAAGGACUUUGAUCAAGCCAAGUGAUAUGUAUUACAUGUUAAGCAUUGUUAUUGACUGUUGCAUGAUGGUGUAUUUUUCAGUGAGCUUUUGAUCUGAUGUUUCCUCCUGAGGAGAAGCAGACAUGAUGAAGCAGAAAUUGACAUCAUCAGUUCAAAUUAUUUUGCUACUUACUCUGACUGCAGUGGGUCUGACUGGUCAAUCAUACCCUGGAAAACCUAAAAUAAUAAGAUGUCGUUCUCUAGAAAAGGAAACCUUUUCUUGUUGGUGGAAACCUGGUGCAGAUGGAGGAAUUCCUACCAAUUACACCUUGUUCUACAGCAAGGACAGUGAGAAAAACAUCUAUGAAUGUCCAGACUACCGAACAUCAGGUCCCAAUUCCUGCUACUUUGAUAAAAACCACACGAAUCCCUCGACAACAUAUAAUAUCACUGUAACGGCAACGAAUGAGAUUGGAAGUAACAGCUCAGAUCCUCAGUAUGUGGAUGUGACCUCCAUAGUUCAGCCAGAUGCUCCUGUGAACCUCUCUCUAGAAAAAAAAACAUCUGCUAGCAUAAUGUACCUUUUGGCAAAAUGGUCUCCCCCUCCGUUAGCUGAUGUCAGCUCUAAUUCACAUAUAUAUCACUAUGAGCUACGACUAAAACCUGAGGAAAAGGAAGAGUGGGAGACAAUAGCUGUUGGAGUGCAGACACAGUACAAAGUGAUUAGGUUACAAGCUGGGAUGAGGUAUGUUGUUCAGGUCCGUUGCACGUUAGGCUUUGGAGAAUGGAGCGAGUGGAGCUCCGAAAGACACAUUCAGAUCCCCAACGGAGAGUCACCUCCUGAAAAGCCUACAAUAAUAAAAUGCCGUUCUCCAGAAAAGGAAACGUUUACUUGUUGGUGGAAACCUGGUUCAGAUGGAGGACACCCUACUAACUACACUUUGCUUUACAGCAAAGAAGGAGAAGAACAAGUUUACGAAUGUCCAGAUUACAAAACUGCAGGUCCCAACUCAUGCUACUUCGAUAAAAAGCACACCUCUUUCUGGACCAUAUACAAUAUUACUGUGAAGGCAACUAAUGAAAUGGGAAGUAAUGUCUCUGAUCCUCAUUAUGUGGAUGUGACUUACAUAGUACAGCCAGAUCCUCCUGUGAAUGUAACUCUGGAAUUAAAAAAGCCAAUGAAUAGAAAACCGUAUCUGGUCUUGACAUGGUCUCCACCUCCUCUGGCUGAUGUCAGAUCUGGGUGGCUUACCCUUGAAUAUGAGUUGCGACUAAAGCCUGAAGAAGGAGAGGAAUGGGAG